AUGGGCAGACGGCGGCGGCUCGGUCUCCAGCCCUACUUCGUGUGGCUGGGCUGCGUGGCGCUCUGGGCGCAGGGCACCGGUGGCCAGCCCCAGCCUUCGCCGCCCAAGCCGCCGCGUUCUCAGCCGCUGCUGCCCCAGGUACGGCCCGCGGCCGCGGGCUCCGAAGGCGGCUUCCCCCCUCCCGAGUACCGCGACGAGGGAGCCGCGGUGGCCAGCCGUGUCCGCCGGCGAGGACAGCAGGACGUGCUCCGAGGGCCCAAUGUUUGCGGCUCUAGGUUCCACUCAUACUGCUGCCCAGGAUGGAAGACUCUCCCUGGAGGAAACCAGUGCAUUGUCCCAAUUUGUAGAAAUAGUUGUGGCGAUGGAUUCUGCUCCCGACCUAACAUGUGUACUUGCUCCAGUGGCCAGAUAUCACCUACUUGUGGAUCAAAAUCAAUUCAGCAGUGCAGCGUUAGAUGUAUGAACGGUGGGUCCUGUGCAGAAGACCAUUGCCAGUGUCAGAAGGGUUACAUUGGAACUUACUGCGGACAACCGGUUUGUGACAAUGGAUGUCAGAACGGAGGACGUUGCAUUGGACCCAACCGCUGUGCCUGCGUGUAUGGAUUCACUGGUCCUCAGUGUGAGAGAGAUUACAGGACAGGCCCAUGCUUCACUCAGGUCAACAACCAGAUGUGCCAAGGGCAGCUGACGGGCAUUGUCUGCACAAAGACCCUGUGCUGUGCCACCAUUGGACGGGCCUGGGGCCACCCCUGUGAGAUGUGCCCUGCUCAGCCCCAGCCUUGCCGACGGGGCUUUAUCCCUAACAUCCGCACUGGAGCAUGCCAAGACGUUGAUGAAUGCCAGGCAAUUCCUGGCAUAUGUCAGGGCGGAAACUGUGUCAACACUGUGGGCUCCUUCGAGUGCAGAUGCCCUGCUGGCCACAAGCAGAGCGAAACGACUCAGAAAUGUGAAGACAUCGACGAGUGCAGCGCCAUUCCUGGGAUAUGUGAAACUGGUGAAUGUUCCAACACCGUGGGAAGCUAUUUUUGCAUUUGCCCGCGUGGAUACGUAACUUCAACAGAUGGCUCUCGGUGCAUAGAUCAGAGAACAGGCACAUGUUUCUCAGGCCUGGUAAACGGUCGCUGCGCACAGGAGCUCCCAGGCAGAAUGACGAAGAUGCAAUGCUGCUGUGAGCCUGGCCGCUGCUGGGGCAUCGGAUCCAUUCCCGAGGCCUGCCCUGUCAGAGGCUCUGAGGAAUACCGCAGACUCUGCAUGGAUGGGCUUCCAAUCGGUGGGAUUCCUGGGGGUGCUGGUUCCAGACCUGGAGGGAAUGGCUAUGGCCCGGGCGGGGCAGGCUUCAUUCCUAUCCCAGGAGGCAAUGGCUUUUCUCCUGGCGUUGGGGGAGCUGGUGUUGGAGCCGGAGGACAGGGACCCAUCAUCACCGGACUAACAAUCCUGAACCAGACCAUAGACAUCUGUAAGCACCAUGCUAAUCUGUGUUUACAUGGACGCUGCAUCCCUACUAUUUCUAGCUACCGAUGCGAGUGCAACAUGGGUUAUAAGCAGGAUGCAAAUGGCGACUGUACAGAUGUUGAUGAAUGCACAUCAAAUCCCUGCACUAAUGGAGAUUGUGUUAACACACCUGGAUCCUAUUACUGCAAAUGUCAUGCUGGAUUCCAGAGGACUCCUACCAAGCAAGCAUGCAUUGAUAUUGAUGAGUGCAUCCAGAACGGGGUUCUUUGUAAAAAUGGUCGCUGCGUGAACACAGAUGGGAGUUUCCAGUGCAUUUGCAAUGCCGGCUUCGAAUUAACUACGGAUGGAAAGAACUGUGUUGAUCACGAUGAGUGUACAACCACCAACAUGUGUUUGAAUGGGAUGUGCAUUAAUGAAGAUGGAAGCUUCAAGUGCAUCUGCAAACCAGGGUUUGUCUUGGCUCCAAAUGGGCGUUACUGCACUGAUGUUGACGAAUGCCAGACCCCAGGAAUCUGCAUGAACGGACACUGCAUCAACAACGAAGGGUCCUUCCGAUGUGACUGUCCCCCUGGCCUGGCUGUGGGAGUGGAUGGCAGGGUUUGUGUUGAUACUCACAUGCGCAGUACCUGCUAUGGUGGAAUCAAGAAGGGCUUGUGUGUGCGUCCCUUCCCUGGUGCGGUGACCAAGUCUGAAUGCUGCUGUGCCAACCCUGACUACGGCUUUGGAGAGCCGUGUCAGCCAUGCCCUGCUAAAAACUCAGCUGAAUUCCAUGGUCUCUGUAGCAGUGGAAUAGGCAUCACUGUGGAUGGAAGAGAUAUCAAUGAGUGCGCUUUGGAUCCCGAUAUAUGUGCCAAUGGGAUUUGUGAAAACCUACGUGGCAGUUACCGUUGUAAUUGCAACAGUGGCUAUGAACCAGAUGCCUCUGGGAGAAACUGUAUCGAUAUUGAUGAAUGCCUGGUGAACAGAUUACUUUGUGAUAAUGGACUGUGUCGAAACACACCUGGAAGUUACAGUUGCACAUGCCCACCUGGUUAUGUGUUCCGGACCGAGACGGAGACAUGUGAAGAUGUAAAUGAAUGCGAGAGCAGCCCAUGCGUCAAUGGGGCCUGCAGGAACAACCUUGGGUCUUUCCAUUGUGAAUGUUCACCUGGCAGCAAACUCAGCUCAAGCGGAUUGAUCUGUAUUGACAGCCUGAAAGGGACCUGUUGGCUCAACAUCCAGGACAACCGCUGUGAAGUGAACAUCAAUGGAGCCACGCUGAAGUCCGAGUGCUGCGCUACCCUGGGAGCUGCCUGGGGGAGUCCCUGUGAGCGGUGCGAGCUAGAUACAGCUUGUCCACGAGGGUUUGCCAGAGUUAAAGGUGUUAGUUGUGAAGAUGUGAAUGAGUGUGAGGUAUUUCCUGGCGUUUGUCCAAAUGGACGCUGUGUCAAUAGCAAAGGAUCUUUUCACUGUGAAUGUCCUGAAGGACUGACAUUGGAUGGAACUGGUCGAGUGUGUUUGGAUAUCCGCACGGAGCAAUGUUACCUGAGGUGGGAUGAAGAUGAAUGUGUCCAGCCAGUGGCAGGAAAGUUCCGCAUGGAUGCUUGCUGCUGUGCAGUUGGGGCAGCUUGGGGCACUGAGUGUGAGGAAUGCCCCAGGCCUGGCACCAAGGAGUAUGAGACCCUGUGCCCUCGUGGUCCUGGCUUUGCCAACAGAGGAGAUGUUCUUACUGGACGGCCAUUCUACAAAGAUAUCAAUGAAUGCAAGGCAUUCCCUGGGAUGUGUACCUACGGAAAGUGCAGGAACACAAUCGGAAGUUUUAAGUGUCGCUGCAACAGUGGCUUUGCUCUUGACAUGGAGGAAAGGAAUUGCACGGACAUCGAUGAGUGCAGGAUCUCCCCGGACCUCUGUGGACGUGGAAUCUGCGUCAACACCGCAGGCAGCUUUGAGUGUGAGUGCUUCGAGGGCUACGAGAGCGGUUUCAUGAUGAUGAAGAACUGCAUGGACAUUGACGAAUGUGAACGUAACCCUCUCCUUUGUAGGGGUGGCACCUGUGUGAAUACUGAGGGCAGCUUUCAAUGCGACUGUCCCCUGGGACAUGAGCUCUCACCAUCACGUGAGGACUGUGUGGAUAUUAACGAAUGCUCCCUAAGUGACAAUCUCUGUAGAAAUGGAAAAUGCGUGAACAUGAUUGGGACCUAUCAGUGCUCUUGUAACCCUGGAUACCAGGCCACACCUGACCGCCAGGGUUGUACAGAUAUCGACGAAUGUCUGAUCAUGAACGGGGGCUGUGACACGCAGUGCACAAAUUCCGAAGGAAGCUACGAAUGUAGCUGCAGUGAUGGCUACGCGCUGAUGCCAGAUGGGAGAUCGUGUGCAGAUAUUGAUGAGUGUGAAAACAACCCUGACAUCUGCGAUGGGGGCCAGUGUACCAACAUCCCGGGAGAGUAUCGCUGUCUCUGUUAUGAUGGUUUCAUGGCUUCUAUGGACAUGAAGACAUGCAUUGAUGUGAAUGAGUGUGACUUAAAUUCAAACAUCUGUAUGUUUGGAGAAUGUGAGAACACCAAGGGGUCCUUCAUCUGCCAUUGUCAAUUGGGCUAUUCUGUGAAGAAGGGGACCACGGGAUGUACAGACGUGGAUGAGUGUGAAAUUGGUGCGCACAACUGCGACAUGCAUGCCUCAUGUCUGAACGUUCCGGGAAGCUUCACAUGUAGCUGCAGAGAAGGCUGGGUUGGAAAUGGCAUCAAAUGUAUUGAUCUGGAUGAAUGUUCCAAUGGGACCCACCAGUGCAGCAUAAAUGCUCAGUGUGUAAAUACCCCAGGCUCCUACCGAUGUGCUUGCUCUGAAGGUUUCACAGGAGAUGGCUUUACCUGCUCAGAUGUCGACGAGUGUGCAGAAAACAUCAAUCUCUGUGAGAAUGGACAGUGCCUCAACGUCCCGGGUGCCUAUCGAUGCGAGUGUGAGAUGGGCUUCACUCCAGCCUCAGACAGCAGAUCCUGCCAAGAUAUUGAUGAAUGCUCCUUCCAGAAUAUCUGUGUCUUUGGAACAUGUAAUAAUUUGCCUGGAAUGUUUCAUUGUAUCUGUGAUGAUGGCUAUGAAUUGGACAGAACAGGCGGGAACUGUACAGAUAUUGAUGAGUGCGCAGACCCCAUAAACUGCGUGAAUGGUUUAUGUGUCAACACACCUGGUCGCUAUGAAUGUAACUGUCCGCCUGAUUUUCAGCUGAAUCCUACUGGUGUGGGCUGUGUGGACAACCGUGUGGGCAACUGCUACCUGAAGUUUGGUCCUCGAGGCGACGGGAGUCUGUCUUGCAACACUGAGAUUGGGGUGGGUGUCAGUCGCUCCUCCUGCUGCUGCUCUCUGGGGAAGGCCUGGGGAAAUCCCUGUGAGACAUGCCCACCUGUCAAUAGCACUGAAUAUUACACCCUGUGUCCCGGAGGGGAAGGCUUCAGACCUAACCCCAUUACCAUCAUCUUAGAAGACAUCGACGAAUGUCAGGAGUUACCAGGGCUCUGCCAGGGUGGAAACUGCAUCAACACUUUCGGGAGCUUCCAGUGUGAGUGCCCGCAAGGCUACUACCUCAGCGAGGAAACCCGCAUCUGUGAAGAUAUUGAUGAAUGUUUUGCACAUCCUGGUGUGUGUGGGCCAGGGACCUGCUACAACACCCUGGGAAAUUACACCUGCAUUUGCCCACCUGAAUACAUGCAGGUCAACGGAGGGCACAACUGCAUGGACAUGAGAAAAAGCUUUUGCUACAGAAGCUAUAAUGGAACCACUUGUGAGAAUGAGUUGCCUUUUAAUGUGACAAAGAGAAUGUGCUGCUGCACCUAUAAUGUGGGUAAAGCCUGGAACAAACCUUGUGAGCCAUGCCCAACCCCGGGAACAGCUGACUUUAAAGCCAUAUGUGGAAAUAUUCCUGGAUUCACCUUUGACAUUCACACAGGAAAAGCUGUGGACAUUGAUGAAUGCAAAGAGAUUCCAGGCAUUUGCGCAAAUGGCGUGUGCAUUAACCAGAUUGGCAGCUUCCGCUGUGAAUGCCCUACAGGAUUCAGUUACAAUGACUUGCUCUUGGUCUGUGAAGACAUUGAUGAGUGCAGCAAUGGCGACAACCUCUGCCAGCGAAACGCAGACUGCAUCAACAGCCCCGGCAGUUACCGCUGUGAAUGUGCUGCCGGUUUCAAGCUGUCCCCCAACGGGGCUUGUGUCGAUCGCAACGAGUGUUUAGAAAUUCCUAACGUUUGCAGUCACGGCCUAUGUGUUGAUUUGCAAGGAAGUUACCAGUGCAUCUGCCACAACGGGUUUAAGGCUUCUCAGGACCAGACCAUGUGCAUGGAUGUUGAUGAGUGUGAGAGGCAUCCAUGUGGGAACGGAACUUGUAAAAACACCGUGGGAUCCUAUAACUGUCUCUGCUACCCCGGGUUUGAACUCACGCAUAAUAACGACUGCCUGGAUAUCGAUGAGUGCAGCUCCUUUUUCGGUCAGGUGUGCAGAAACGGACGGUGUUUUAAUGAAAUUGGCUCCUUCAAGUGUUUAUGUAAUGAAGGUUAUGAACUCACGCCAGAUGGCAAAAACUGUAUAGACAUGAACGAAUGCGUGGCCCUUCCUGGCUCGUGUUCCCCUGGCACCUGUCAGAAUUUGGAAGGCUCCUUCAGAUGCAUCUGUCCGCCCGGGUAUGAAGUGAGGAGCGAGAACUGCAUCGAUAUCAACGAAUGUGACGAGGAUCCCAACAUCUGUCUUUUUGGUUCCUGCACCAAUACUCCAGGAGGCUUCCAGUGUAUCUGCCCCCCUGGCUUUGUGCUGUCUGAUAAUGGGCGGCGGUGUUUUGAUACUCGCCAGAGCUUCUGCUUCACCAAUUUUGAAAACGGAAAAUGUUCCGUGCCCAAAGCUUUCAACACCACAAAAGCAAAAUGCUGCUGCAGUAAGAUGCCAGGAGAGGGCUGGGGCGACCCCUGCGAGCUGUGCCCCAAGGAUGACGAAGUUGCCUUCCAGGACCUGUGUCCAUACGGCCACGGGACUGUCCCUAGUCUUCAUGAUACACGUGAAGAUGUCAAUGAGUGUCUUGAGAGCCCAGGCAUUUGCUCCAAUGGCCAGUGUAUCAACACAGACGGAUCCUUCCGCUGUGAGUGCCCCAUGGGCUACAACCUGGACUACACGGGGGUACGCUGUGUGGAUACUGAUGAAUGUUCAAUCGGCAAUCCGUGUGGCAAUGGUACGUGCUCCAACGUGAUUGGGAGUUUUGAAUGCAACUGUAACGAUGGCUUCGAGCCCGGCCCCAUGAUGAACUGUGAAGAUAUCAAUGAGUGUGCCCAGAACCCGCUACUGUGUGCUUUCCGCUGUAUGAACACCUUCGGGUCCUACGAGUGCACAUGCCCAAUUGGCUAUGCCCUGAGGGAAGACCAGAAGAUGUGUAAAGAUCUGGAUGAGUGCGCAGAAGGCCUGCAUGACUGCGCGUCUCGAGGCAUGAUGUGUAAGAACAUGAUCGGCACCUUCAUGUGCAUCUGCCCCCCAGGAAUGGCCCGGAAGCCUGAUGGAGAAGGCUGCGUAGAUGAGAAUGAAUGCAGGACCAAGGCAGGCAUCUGUGAAAAUGGGCGUUGUACAAACAUCAUUGGGAGCUAUCGGUGCGAAUGUAAUGAAGGGUUCCAGCUAAGUUCUUCUGGGACUGAAUGUCUUGACAAUCGGCAGGGCCUCUGCUUUGCAGAGGUAUUGCAGACCAUGUGUCAAAUGGCUUCCAGCAGCCGAAAUCUUGUCACAAAGUCAGAGUGCUGUUGUGAUGGUGGGCGAGGCUGGGGCCACCAGUGUGAGCUGUGCCCACUGCCUGGAACUGCCCAGUACAAAAAAAUAUGUCCUCAUGGUCCAGGAUACACCACUGAUGGCAGAGAUAUCGAUGAGUGUAAAGUCAUGCCAAACCUCUGCGCCAAUGGUCAGUGCAUCAACACCAUGGGCUCGUCGCGCUGCUUCUGCGAGCUCGGCUACACCACAGACCUCAGCGGCACCUCUUGUGUUGAUCUAGAUGAAUGUUCCCAGUCCCCCAAACCAUGCAACUUCAUCUGCAAGAACACUGAAGGAAGUUACCAGUGCUCUUGUCCACGGGGCUAUGUCCUACAAGAGGAUGGAAAGACGUGCAGAGACCUCGACGAAUGUCAGGCCAAGCAGCACAACUGCCAGUUCCUCUGUGUGAACACCCUAGGGGGGUUUACCUGCAAAUGCCCACCUGGUUUCACACAGCACCACACAGCGUGUAUUGACAACAACGAGUGUGGGUCCCAGCCUGCGCUGUGUGGCGCAAAGGGAAUCUGCCAGAACACCCCGGGCAGCUUCAGCUGCGAAUGCCAACGAGGCUUCUCUCUGGAUGCCAGUGGACUGAACUGUGAAGAUGUUGAUGAAUGUGAUGGAAACCAUCGGUGCCAGCAUGGCUGCCAGAACAUCUUGGGAGGCUACCGAUGCGGUUGUCCUCAAGGUUACAUUCAGCACUACCAGUGGAAUCAGUGUGUUGAUGAGAACGAAUGCUCCAACCCCAGUGCCUGUGGCUCAGCCUCCUGCUACAACACCCUGGGGAGCUACCAGUGUGCCUGCCCCUCGGGCUUCUCCUUCGACCAGUUCUCCAGUGCCUGCCAUGAUGUGAACGAGUGCUCAUCCUCCAAGAACCCGUGCAACUACGGCUGCUCCAACACGGAAGGGGGUUACCUCUGCGGCUGUCCGCCCGGAUACUACAGAGUGGGACAAGGCCACUGUGUCUCAGGAAUGGGAUUUAACAAAGGGCAGUACCUUUCGCUGGAUACGGAGGUCGAUGAGGAAAACGCUCUGUCUCCGGAAGCAUGCUAUGAAUGCAAGAUCAACGGUUUCCCCAAGAAAGAAGAGCGGCAACGGAGAAGUGUUCGGGAGCCUGCUGCAGCUACUGUUGAACAGAUCAGCCUAGAGAGUGUGGACAUGGACAGCCCCGUGAAAAUGAACUUCAGCCUCUCCGGCCUGGGCUCCAGAGAGCACAUCCUGGAACUCAUGCCUGCCAUUGAGCCCCUCAACAACCACGUCCGCUACGUCAUCUCCCACGGCAACGAGGGUGGAACCUUCCGCAUCCACCACAGGAAUGGGCUCAGCUACUUGCACACGGCCAAGAAGAAGCUGGUGCCCGGCACUUACACACUGGAAAUCACGAGCGUCCCUCUGUACAAGAAGAAGGAGCUGCAGAAACUGGAAGACAGCAACGAGGGCGACUACCUCGUAGGAGAGCUUGGGGAAGCUCUCCGAAUGAGGCUGCAGAUCCAACUCUACUAAACGCCCUGCAAACUUGGUUCCAGGGGCAAACCCCAGCCCUGCCAGCCUUCAGCCAUGUUUGAGAAGUCAGUGCCUCUUUCCAGGAGGGGAGAGAAAAACCAACACACACACCCCCCCCACACACGUUGCCUUCGAUCCUCCUCCCUGGCUCAGACUUCAGAAUGCUGACCCUCACAGGGAGAGAGAAUCUAGACUCUAAUGUGGCCAAAGAUUUGAGGACAGAGGAAGCCGUGGUUACUGUAUUUUUAUAUAAUUUCACUUUAAAUAUAUUAAAGGAAAAAGAAGAAGAAAACCUUAAAUGUCCAAGCGAUCAGCAUAUGGCACUAAAUGCACAAAAAUAAUGUGAGCGUUUUUUUUGUUUUUGUAACCUGUUAGCAGUCUGUAACACUUUGGGUAUUUUGCUAUAGUUGCUAAUUAAAAAAAAUAUAGAUGUUUAUUUAUUUUAAUGCAGUAAUAUAUGGAGAAAUGAACAAACUAUGUAAACAAAAAAAAAAGGGAAACUCGCUUGUUUUUCUUUAGAUUUAUAAAUUUGAGCUAUUUCUUUUCGAGGUGCUUUUCAGACAAAUUCAGUAGAUCCAAGGGAUGUUUCCUUUGGUGUCCAGCCAGUCAUCCAAGUGGUAUACAUCGGAUGAUUUCAAAGAAAAGGCUCCCAGAGCUGACUGGGGAGCGUAAUCCGUAACCCUAAAGCCGCGGAUGUCAUUCGAUCCUUUACAAAGGAGAUCGAAGCCAGAGCAGCUCCUUGUGACCACUGCUUCCCUUCACCAGACCCUCGGGGCACAGGAAGUUGAAGCACAGCCACUGUAGCAAAAUACCUUGACUGCUCGAGAGACCGUUAGCGUUGCAGGCCAAACCGUACUGUAUUUCCUUCUCCUGACCUCAAGAACCACACGUGCUGCCCGCAACCCCUCCUCCUUACCCAGGGUGCUCUGUGCAGAGCUGGUGGUACGGUAGGCAGCUGAGGAAUGCCGUUCCUUGGAAGAGGAACACCUGGCGUUCUGUAGCAUUUGGUGCUGUCUUAGAUUCAUGGUGCAUUUAUGAUGUUCAAGCUAUUUCAGGAUGGCCAUAUGUGCAAACAAAUCAUGCAGUGCAGCCAAGGAAUAUAUGUUCUUGUUGUUUUUUAAGUCCAUUUUUUUUUUAGAGUUUUCAUUAAUACUGUAGUUAUAACACCAUAUGCCUCGUUUAAUCAUAGCCUAUAGUGUAUGAAAGAUGUUUGUACAAUGAAUUGAUGUUUAGUUUGCUGUAGUCAUUGAAAAAGAUAUUGUACCAGGACGUGCUAAUAAGAGCAUGUGUCAGUGUUCUCGACCCAAGAACCUGUUCCGGACCAGUCCCAAACCUCACUCGUGAAAUGGCCAAGGCGCACGCAGACUCCGCUGCUUCCUCUCACCCUAUGUUGACCAAAGAGUAGUAACCAGUUAUAUCCAGUGUUUUGUCUUGUUUUGUUUUGAAUAACUAAAAGAGACCGUGUACAUUUGUAAUCAAGUGUUUGUGAGGAAAAACAACAGUUUUUGGUUUUGUUUUUUGUUGCGGUUUUUUGUUAUUUUCUUGGUAGGUCUCAUGUAUCAAAUAUGACACUUUUAUUGCAAUAAAGCUUAUUUUGGGGUA